GCCGGCUCAAUGGACAGCCUCCUCCUGAAGCGUAAUAAGUUCCUGUACCAUUAUAAGAACAUGCGCUGGGCGCGAGGCCGCCAUGAGACCUACCUGUGCUACAUAGUCAAACGGCGUUACAGCUCCGUCUCCACCUCCAUGGACUUCGGCUACCUGCGGAACCGGAGCGGCUGCCACGCAGAGAUCCUCUUCCUGCGCUACCUGGCGAUCUGGCUGGGCCACGACCCCAACAGGAUGUUCAGGGUAACCUGGUUCAGUUCGUGGAGCCCGUGCCGCGACUGCUCCCAGCGCACCGCCGACUUCCUCGUCAACCACCCCAACCUGAGCCUGCGCAUCUUCUCAGCGAGGCUCUACUUCUGCGAGGAGCACACGGCGGAGCCGGAAGGGCUGCGGAAGCUGCAGAGGGCCGGGGUCCAGGUGGCAUAUUAUUUCUAUUGUUGGAACAAUUUUGUGGAGAACCGAGAGCGGAAAUUUGAGGCUUGGGAUGGACUGCACGAGAACUUCGUCCGAUUGUCUAGAAAACUGCGGCGUAUUCUACAGCCCCCCUAUGAUAUGGAAGAUCUACACGAAGCCUUUGACCUUCUGGGUCUGUAG